AUGGCACAGGUCUCUCCAAAAGGAAACACCAACAGCGAUGACAUAACCACACAAGAGGCACUCAGCCGAUUCUCGACGGGCAACAGCUCGCGCGACAGGACAAUUUCGCUGUUCAACGAUGUGUUCCUCUCAAUAAUCCACGAUGUAGAUAGGCUGCGUGCUGCCCAGCUAGCAUCAGAGCUAGAACGAGAAAUUUACGACAACAAAAUCGCGCCCCAACAAAUCCGGAGCAAGUACUUAAAUCUCAAGGAUACGAGCAACGAUCUGUGCACAGGCAUCUAUGAGGGAAGGAUAGGCGUUCACGAGUUUCUUUUGAUGAGCAUGGAUGAGAUGAAGAGCAAGGCACGGCGGAGCAGCGAUAAUGAUCUGAUCGAGCGUAGCAUUGAGGGCUCGCAGAUCGCACAGAUGGAGGUUGAGACAGACAUUUUCUUCUGUUUUAAGUGCAAACAGAGGAAGUGCAGGUAUAGACAGAUACAGACGAGGAGUGCUGAUGAGCCGAUGACCACCUACGUGUUCUGUAAGUGUGGGAAUACCUGGAAGUUUUAAUAAAUUGAUUUGUUUGUGG